ACGUCACCCGCUGCCGUCCAUGUGAUUGGUCUCCCAUUCGCAGUUUAAACGUGGACCGCGGGUAGAGAAGAAGCAGCCGGAGUUCGCGUUCAUGUCGGUGUUUUCGGCAUUGUCUCAUUGCCAGGCCAAUAAUAAACACAUACAAGAUGAUGGAGUCAUGUUUGGCUGGGAGGCCGGAGCGGGUCGGACCGGUGGAGGUGGAUGACAUAAAAAAGGAUCUGCUGGGUGAAUUCUCUGCCCUCCCACCUCAGGAAAAGGGUUCGUCACAGUCCGAGAACCUGCAGGUUUACCUGAGGGUUCGACCUUUCACUACAGCUGAGAACGAUAAUGCAGAAUCACAGGGUUGUGUGAGCAUCGAAGGCCCAGACACCGUUGUCCUUAGGGCUCCCAGGAUCUCUCAGUCAAACCGUCAGUGUGAGAAGUCCCUCCCACAAACGGCACAGAGGUUCUCCUUUACGCAGGUGUUUGGCCCAGAGGCCAGUCAGAGGACUGUGUUCAAGGGCUCAGUUUGUGGUUUGGUGCAAAAUGUUCUGGAAGGAGGAAACUGUUUGGUGUUCACAUACGGAGUCACCAAUGCUGGAAAAACCUUCACCUUCCUUGGUCCAGAACAUGACUCGGGGCUGCUGCCCAGGUCUCUGUCGGUCAUCUUUAACAGCAUUAAAGAUCGUCUGUACAAUCGUAUGGACCUGAAGCCUCAGCGCUGCAGAGAAGUCAGCAGACUGACGCCAGACCAGCAGGCAGCAGAAAGCAGCAGCAAGAAAAACCUGCUGCGGCUGCUUAAAGAGAAUGACAGAAGUGGGACGUCUGGAAGAUCAACUUUUCUUGAAGGUUCCUCUCUGAGCUCUGACAGCAGCUUGAACAGUGUUUCUGAAGCAGACAGUUUCUGUCUGGACGUCAACUCAAACGUUCGUUUUUCUGUCUGGGUUUCAUUCUGUGAGAUCUACAACGACAACAUCCACGACUUGCUGGAACAGGUUCCCAGUGUACAUCACAAGAGGACAGUGCUGCGUCUGUCACAGGAUGUGAAGGGAAACUCCUUCAUCAAAGGUAACAGACAUGCCAGCUGCUGCUUUGAGUCUCAGUCUCAGCUGACGGUCUGUGGUUGUGUUUCAGAUCUACGCUGGGUCCAGGUGAACAGCUCCGAGGAGGCUUACAGAGUGAUGAAGAUUGGGAAGAAGAACCAGAGUUUCUCCUCCACCAGGCUAAAUCAGCUCUCGAGCAGAAGCCACAGCAUCUUCUCCGUCAGGAUCCUCAGAGUGGAUGAUGUUGGAGUUCCCAGGGUCCUCGGCAUCAGCGAGCUCGCUCUGUGUGACCUGGCUGGCUCGGAGCGCUGUUCUCGGACCCACAACACAGGAGAGAGGCUGAAGGAGGCAGGAAACAUUAACAGCUCUCUACUGACGCUUGGGAAGUGUAUUAGCGCCAUGAGGCUGAACCAAAACGCCAAAAUACAACACCGCGUUCCAUUCAGAGAGUCCAAACUGACUCACUUCCUGCAGUUCUUCUUCUGUGGUGCCGGCCAGGUCUCUAUGGUGGUGAACAUCAACCAGAAUGCCUCCUGCUUCGACGAGACGCUCAACGUCCUCAAGUUCUCUGCCCUCGCACAAAAGUUGGUGGUGCUGAACUCGAGGCCCAUCCUUGACGAUGCCUCACAGAGCUCAGCCAUGGACCUGUCGGUGAUCAUCGACCAGGCCGACCAGCACAGAAAUGUGUCUGGUCGUGUUAGGAAGAGCUCGAUGGUAGCAUGGGAGACCACGCUGGAGGACCUGCUGGAGGAUGAAGAUGAAGACGAAGAGCAGGACAGUGUGAUGGAUGGAACGGUGCUGGAGGCAGGUGCUGAGGAAGACCAGGAAGAGGACACAACCAUGGAGGAAGAAGACAAGCAGUCGGAACGGGAGGAAGCGCUGCGUCUGGUUCUGGAGGCUCGAAUUAGAGAAGAAGUCAGUGCUGAGUUCAUGGAGCUUUUCAACAAGAUGGAGAAAGACUACAGCGACCGUCUAGAGAGGGAGAGGGAGAUCCUGGAGAAGCGAGCGGACAAAAGAGUGGAGAUCCUGCAGAACUUGGUCAGCAAGACAUUUGAUCUGUCCACUGGCAACAAGGAGGAACAGGCAGCUCUGUUGGACGAAGUAAUCAGUUCAAUGACUGACGACCUGGAGAAGAUUAGACAGGACGCUCAGAGCGUUCACCGCUGCCUAACCACAGAUGCUGUCACUGCAGAGACGCUGUACCUGGAGAAGCAGCAGACACACAACCAACUGUGUGAAGCGCAGAAGAACUUGGCGCAUCAGCAGCAGAGGAUUUCAGAGCUCCUAGAAAUCUGUCAGCAAAAAGAUGAUGCCAUCAACAAAAUGCAGGCUGCCAUGGACGGCAGAGCGGCGGAUGCCACCAGAGACAGUGCUUUGGCGGCAUCGAUCAGGUCGCAGGGCUGUCGUUCAGGAGGAGAGGGGGAGGGCAGCAGGAAGCGCCAGCAGUGUGCUCCACAGGAGGACGUGGAGACGGGGCAGCUAGCCAAGAAGAGAGUGGUUUUUGAGGAGGAGAUCUCGAGGCUCCAUGAGGAAAUUGACAGGAAGGAGAAGACCAACCAGCAGCUGAUGGAGAGGAUACGGGCACUGGAGGAGAAGCUGAGAAAACAGGAAGAGGAGCAGGUUUUGCUGGAGCAGAGGGUGCAGCAGCUGGCAGUCGUAGAGAAUGAAGCUCUGUUCUGUGGUGUGCCCCACAUAGAACUGGACCAAUGUCUGAACUGUGACUCGGUACUUUCAUCUCUGGAGGCAGAGCAGAGGGAGACAUCCCGACUGGCCAAGGAGAACAAAGCCCUAUUAAACGGCAUGUUCCAGCUGCAGACAGAGGUAACCAGUCUCCAAAAGAAGCUCAGGGAGCAGACUGACAGGUCUGACAACCUGUCAGAACAACUGAGCACUGUAAAGACCCACCUCCAGGAUCUGGAGGACCAAUCAGAGAAGACUAUCAAUAGCCUGAAACAAGAGCUUAAGGAGCGGGAGGUGCAGAGCAGCAGCAGCAGCGCUUUCCACGCCACCAUGGAGGAGAUGAAGAAGGAGAGACAGGCUACGCUGCAGAGAUGGGCUCAGAAAUCCCAACAGGUCCAGGAUCUGCAGACAGAACAGAGUCGGCUGCAGGAAACUCUGACGCAGAGUGAGACCAGGUGUUCGCUGUUGUCCAGAAGUAAUGAAGAUUUCUUCCAACAGCUUCAGAGCCUGAGGGCAGAGAAGCAGAAAUGCGAGAAGGAAAAACUAGAGCUGCAUCAAGCUUUAAUGGAGAACGAGAACAAUCUAGAAGAAAGCCGCCGACAGAUGGAGGCUCUGAGAGGAGAGCUGGAAUGUUUGAAGGAGGACCUGCGAGGACGAGAGGAGAAGGAGAACAGGGUGGGGAAGACGGUGGUGGAGGAGCUGAAGGAGGAGAUACAGAGACUGGAGGCGAGACGAAAACAGCAGAACAGAGAGAUGGAGGAUGCAGAGAGGCUGACGGAGAACGAGGCCAACACACAGAAUCGUAAGUUAGAAGAGAAGGUGCUUGUGUCUCCACUCAAGUCCAACAUGACCAGCAGGAAGAAAACUUUCAAAACCACUGGGAGAAAGAGGAAGAGCUGGGAGGUGGAGGAUCUGGUGUUUAACGAGAAUAAGAGAAACCGAGUGAGAGCCGUUCGAAACAAACAGUCUUCCUCUGCGGUGAAGGAGAAUCAAGGCGGGGCUUCAAAGAAGAUCCAGGAGUUGAUCCAUGGCUCUUCGUCCAUCCUUGGGAGUAAAGCCACAAACAUUGGUUCGGCCGGCGGACAGUUGGUGGAGGAGGAGACUGUUUCUCUGGCAACCAAACCCCGACGAGGACGGAAGAAUCUUUUCAGGAUGGACGCUUCAUCCCUGAUGUUGGAAUCUCCUCAAAUGGCGUCAGGAGCUCCAGAGGAAAAGGAAAGCGACCACCUCACCAUCAGAAGACAGCUGCGCUCAAAAACCUGCAAGAAGUAAACGUUUUCAUUUAAAGUUUUUAAAUGAAUGUACAGUUUGUUUAGUCCCAGUCUAUCACCACUUUUUAUGUUAAUUCAAGGAUCUUUGAGUUUAUAGAAAAAUAAAAAUAAAAACCUGC